AGCACUGCACCAAAACUGUUCUUGUUCGACGUAGUCUCGCUGUGACGCCCCUGGAACCUUUUUUCCCUCAUAACUGUAUUGAAACAUAUGGAGGCCCAUUUCCGCCAUAUGUCAGAACUGUUCCUCGUGGUCCCGGAAAACUCCUUCCGGUUUCCAGCUCGUAUGAAGUGUAUCCUGUGGUUGAGUUCACUGAACACCUGAUUGACAUCAAAGCAAGAGAGAAUAGCUCUCAGAGCCUCUGACAUGUAGUGGACAGAAAAGAGGAAGAGGAGCUUUUUACUGUCUGUCAAACUGCUGUUGGUCUCAUUUCAUCCAGCUGCAGAAUGGAGGGAACAUCUGUCCACAGGCUGCUGGCUCUGACCUUCCUGCUGUGCUGCACAACAAACCAAGGACACUGGAGUGUACUGGUGUGAGUCCAGAGAGGGAGCAGCCAGCAGCAGCAUCCAGUUCACUGUCUCUGGUAAGAUCAGACUGUGGAGUUAGUGUUGAUGAAGCUGUGUGGAAAUGGAUGAAAUGCUGUAGUUUGUCUCUGUGUUGAGGUGGAUCAGUGAUCCUGCAGAGUCCUGUCCUCCCUGUGAUGGAGGGAGAUGACGUCACUCUGAGCUGUCAAACAAAGACUCCCUCCAACCUCCCAGCUGCUUUCAUUAAAGAUGGCUCCCUCAUCAGGACUGAGCCUGCAGGUCACAUGACCCUCCACCAUGUGACCAGCUCUGAUGAAGGCCUCUACAAGUGUAACAUCAGUGGUGAUGGAGAGUCUCCAUCCAGCUGGAUCUCUGUCUCAGAGAAGCCAUCAACCUCUUCUAAUACUACAAUCAUUCCUCCACCUCCCUCCCAGUCUCUUCCCUGUGUGUUCCCGUCUCUCGUAUGUGUGAUUGUUGUGGUUUUACUGGUGAUACUGGUUCUACUGGUGAGACGACAUGUUCAGAGAAAAUCUAAAGAGCGUGAUCCAGCUGUGGUUUACUUUGCAGCUAGAAGAGAAGAUGUCAGUUAUGGAGAGAUCGCCAUCAGAAACAAGGGAAACAAGGCAAAGACCAAAGAGAAUAGCUCUCAGAGCCUCUGACAUGUAGUGGACAGAAAAGAGGAAGAGGAGCUUUUUACUGUCUGUCAAACUGCUGUUGGUCUCAUUUCAUCCAGCUGCAGAAUGGAGGGAACAUCUGUCCACAGGCUGCUGGCUCUGACCUUCCUGCUGUGCUGCACAACAAACCAAGCAGCUCAACUGACUGUGAGUACCAGCAGAUCUCAGUUCUUUGAAGGAGACUCUGUGUCUCUGAGCUGUGAGGAGGACAACAUCUCUGCUGGAUGGACUGUGAGGAGAAACACAACCAAACGUCAGUCUGAGUGUAAAGAUGGAUGGGGAGUACCUGAUGGUCUGACCUGUAAGAUGACCUACAUGGAAACAAGGGACACUGGAGUGUACUGGUGUGAGUCCAGAGAGGGAGCAGCCAGCAGCAGCAUCCAGCUCACUGUCUCUGGUGGAUCAGUGAUCCUGCAGAGUCCUGUCCUCCCUGUGAUGGAGGGAGAUGACGUCACUCUGAGCUGUCAAACAAAGACUCCCUCCAACCUCCCAGCUGCUUUCUAUAACAAUGGCGUCUUCAUCAACAAUGAACCUUCAGGUCACAUGACCCUCCACCAUGUGACCAGCUCUGAUGAAGGUCUCUACAAGUGUUACAUCAGUGGUCAUGGAGAGUCUCCAUCCAGCUGGAUCUCUGUCUCAGAAAAACCUCCAAUCGUGGCCCCGCCCACCGUUGCUACUGGCGUCACUGAAGACCCUCCCCCUAUCUCAGCCCCUCCCCCUAUCUCAGCCCCUCCCCCUAUCUCAGCCCCCUCUGGUCUUGUGUUGAGGGUGUUCUGCCACCUGGUGGUGUUCUGUCCAUACUUCAUCUCCACUCUCCUCAUGGUGUCUUUGUAUCGACAAAGAUCCACAGGGAAAAACCUUACUGUCUCAACGGUGAUAACUGAGACCGAGCGGGGAUUGGAUGAAAACAAUGAUGACAUCAGCACUGCCGUAACAACAGAGCAUCACUUCUGAAAUCAGAAAUUAUUAAACACACAGAGGAAACUGGAAUAUUGAGCUUUUUCUUUGUGCUUCUUGUCUUUUUUCUUCUGGUUUUAAUGAGGCAGUAAAUGUAUUUUCUCAACCAAA